CUGUCUUUUUAAUAAGGUAAGAGAAGCAGGGGGGGGGGGGAAUACACAUUUGCACUGUCCUCUAAGUCCCAUGGUCCCCUUCGCUGGUGACCUUGGAUUCACGUGGGAUUUGCCCUUGACCUGACGUCACGCCCUCUCCCUUUGAAGAGUCCCACUGGGUCUCCCACAAUGUGUGACCAGCAGCAGGGCCCUUCAGAGUCUGUUUCUCUGGAAUAUCUAUUUUGCCUCUGUUUUUGAAGGAUAGCUUGGCUGGGUCCAGGAGUUGUGGCAGACCGUGUUUUUCUGUGAGAAUCUGAACAUCCAUCCUGCUGCCUCCCUGGCCUCCAAGGGUCUAGUGAAAAGCAGCCCUUGUCACCCAGUUCCCUGGUCAAUGGCCCAUCCUCUUUUUCUGGCUGCUACCAAGAUUCCCCCUUGGUUUCGCUCCCGGUCUUUUUACUACAACCUUUCAAUUUGUGAAUCUUUUCUGUGAAUCUCAUUCGGGGUUGGUUGAGUUUCCUGAAUAUAUAGAUCGCUGCUUUUCCAUACGUUUAGAAAAUCGUGAACCAUUAUUUAAAGACUUGUUUCUGCCUUUGCUCAUUAGUCCUCCAGCAGAGACCCAUCCCCUGCUCAAGGGCAGAGGGAUCCCAAAAAUCUGGCUCCAGCAAGGACCCAGGAGCCCAAUGAACCACCUGCCCAUGAGAGACUUGGCAGAAUGACCACAGAAUGCAGAGACAGAAGGUCACCAGACCCCAGUGAGCCUGAGUCCAGUCCCACAGCUGUAGCAUGGGCUGCCACCUCCAGCCAUGCAGGUCUUUGCAGGACAAGACCCCAAGGACACCAGACCUGCUCUCUGAGGGUAGCAGCAGCCCCACCACCUCACCGCAGUCUCCUGGCUACAGUGGGGCCAGCCAAGGGCAGAGAACAGGCAGAUCUUGCACAUGGGGACCCUGGGGGUUCUAAGAACUGGGCUGCAGGCAACGUUGCUGGCAUGAUGGAGAGAGGAGGAAGCUGUGAGCUUUGCACACACACUCACCAUGGAGAGUUCUGAGAAGUGAGACUGGGCAAGAGACAAACAGCAUCAGCACCUCAUGAUCAUCUCACUGCACUGGGCCACACCUCUACCCUGGAAAACACAGCCUCACCCUUGCCCCAGGAGUCAUCCAGGGCAGAAAUGUGCCCUGUGAGCACAGAAAGCAGCAACCUUGACCACACACACACUCUGCACUUGGCCGGGCAGCUGAGCCCAAGCACCACCCCCCUCCUCCAGGUGUGAGCUGCGUGCACGAGAAUAGAUAUUCUGGAAAGGGGCAGCAGUCCUCAUUUCCACCAUGGAUGUGACCAAAGCAUCCUGAUGUUUCACCCAGGAAAGCCCGACUCAGGAUGGACCAGGCCAGCCAGGCUCAAAGCCGGCAGCCGUCAAAACAUUGAGCCAGAGACAUGAGACCCAGACUGACUCUAAACACAACCAGGAAGAGGAAGGCUUCACUAAGCCACUCCUGGGACAACACAAAGAACCAGAGGGGUAUAAAAGCACAGCUGCCAGGACUCAGACUCACACUCACUUACUUAUACACACUCACACUCACUCACUCACACUCAUCCUCCAGCCCAGCCCACCAUGGCCGCCUCCACCAUGUCUGUCUGCUCCAGCGCUUGCACCGAGCCCUGGCAGCUGGAUGACUGCCCAGAGAGCUGCUGCGAGCCCCCCUGCUGCACCUCCAGCUGCUGCCAGCCCAGCUGCUGCGCCCCGGCCCCCUGCCUGAGCCUGGUCUGCACCCCAUGCUGCCAGUCAGGCUGCACCAGCUCCUGCACGCCCACGUGCUGCCAGCAGUCGAGCUGCCAGCCGGCCUGCUGCUCCUCCUCCUGCGAGCCAUCCUGCUGCUACUCUUGCCAGCUGUCCUGCUGCACACCUGCCUGCUGCACACCCGUGUGCUGUACACCUGCCUGCUGCACACCUGUGUGUUGCACACCUGUGUGCUGUAAGCCUGUGUGCUGCACACCUGUCUGCUCUGGGGCCUCCUCCUCCUGCUGCCAGCCUGCCUGCUGCUCCUGCUCCCCCUGCCAGCCAGCCUGCUGCGUGCCCAGCUGCUGCACGCCCUCCUGCUCCUCCGUGUCCCUGCUCUGCCGCCCUGUGUGCAGACCCGCCUGCUGCCUGCCCUCCUCCUCCUGCUGUGCCUCGUCCUGCCAGCCCAGCUGCUGCCGCCCAUCCUCCUGCGUGUCCCUGCUCUGCCGCCCCGUGUGCAGACCCGCCUGCUGUGGCCUCUCCUUGGGCCAGAAGUCUUGCUGCUGAAGGCCUUGUCCCCCAGGUCCUGCUGGCUCUGAUCCCAGGCUGCAGAGUUGCCCGACUCUGACAUGCCCCUUCACCCUCAGGCCAUUUCUGCCCCAGAGCUCCCACCCCAUCCUGCAGGCUGUGCUAUGCCCAGGGCUCGGUGGCCCCUGGGCAGCUCCCCAGCACCCUCUGAGCUGCAGCCUCCAAAACCCUCUUCAGCAUCCAGACUGAGUGAAGUCGCUGAGUCCUCACCAAAGAAUGACAAAUAGCAAGCCCCAUGUCUUUCCCUGGCCCCUUGCAUACCUAGCAAGCCAUGCAGAGCUUGGGCACGGCAGGGCUUCACUUUGAGACCCUGCCCUUAAGCUGUGCCCAGGCUGAUUAUGACAUAGAAGGGCCAGCUUCCCCUUCCACGGAGCCCAACUCUCUCAGGGUAAUUGUCCCUCCAGUCCCCAGCAUGGGCAGCCUCCCUCUUCAGAGUCCCUGAUGGUCAGAGACAGGGGAGUCUCCCAGGUCCUGCAUAGAGCUUGCUGCCCCGUAUCCUGGCCCAGGCCCUCUGCAUGCCCUCACUGCCAGUACCUGCACCCCAGCCAGCUCUCCCGCACCCCUCGCCCCUUCUUCUGUCCUCUCUGCCUCUGCCCACCUUCUCUGUUAUCCAAAAAAUAAAUGUUCUCACCCAGAAGACA